AUGUCCUACGACGACCUCAAAAUCAACUUCGAAGCAUUCAAAAUGAUAAUCUCCGAAACCCUCCCCAGGACUACGGCAUACCACUUGGGCUCAGACGAGUAUAGCACUCAGUUCAUCAAACAGCGCCUGGUUAAUUAUGUAAUUACUGCCACGCAGCUCAAGGAAGCUAUCCAUGCUUUCCGCACGCGAGAUAGGAGUAAAAUUGGGCUUUUAACAGCGAUCGCAGAAAAGGAGAUCACGGAUAAUGUUUCGAACGCGAUAGAGAGUUUCGUGAACGCGGUGAAGAUGCAACUAGAAGCGCUAGAUGCGGUGGAGCGUAUGGUGAGAGCAGAUAGGCUGGUGAAUGAGGCAUUGUCAGAGUUUUUGGAGAAGGUGCCAAUCAACUAG